AUGCGAUUACUGACAGUGUCUUCGAUCAGCCUUUUCUUCUGCUGUAGCAGUUUCAUGCUUGUCGUCUGUGCAAGUGAUGCCGAUGCCGACACACACAGCAUUGCUGAUGAUUCAAGAAGUGAAACAAAGAGGAAUAGAUCGCGUGUCCUCAAAGGAAGCUCAAGGUACACAUGGGAUGACUCGAUGUCAUUGACUAUGUCGACGUCAGCUUUGAAGUUCAGAAGUCUACAGGAGUUAACAAUGGAGGAUCUUGAAGACCGCAAACGCCAACCGGUUGCGUCCAAAGAUGACAUGAGACUCAGUAUUGGAGGAAGUUGGCGAGACAACCUUGUAUUAUCUCAUCAUCCAUCGUCAGCGCCAUCCGUCACAGCAAGACCGACGACUACACCUUCAAACCAACCAACUUCAAAACCCAGUUCUUCCCCGACAAUCAUGCCAACUAUCAAUGACGAGUUCAUUGCAGGCCAGCUCGUCGUCGGUGCAUACUACUAUCCUUGGCAUGCGGAUGAUUUCCAUAAUGAUGAAGGCUAUUUACGUGAUGACCUAGAUCCUCGUCAGCAGCCUGUGCUCGGGGAGUAUGAUGACAGAGAAGAAAGCGUUGUCACACAGCACUUGCGAUGGAGCCGACAAGCCAAUAUCAACCUAUGGGUAACUUCGUGGUGGGGGCCCGGAAGUCAGUCGGAUCAAACUACCCUGGAAAACAUUCUGCCACAUCCAAAACUGCGAAACCACAAGAUUGCUCUCUUUUACGAAACACUUGGACGAAUUCGGCCAUCAGAAGAUUACUCCUUGCAACGUGUAGAAUCAGACAUGCAACACAUGUGUACGAAUUUCUUCGAUCACCCCAACUACUACACUGUCACUGACCUGGCAAAUGGGCCUCGCCCAGUCGUAUUCAUGUAUUUGAGUCGACAUUUAGCGAAUCGAGACCUAUUGCGUGUCACCACCGAGCUCAUGCGUGAGACUGUUCGCAAUGCUUGUGGCAAGGAGUUGUUUAUAGUGGGAGACCAAGUCUUUGGGUUCGCAUCAGAGAAAGACUUUAUCAACAACCCUAGGCACUACUCUGCUUUCCAACUAUUGGACGCUGUCACCAAUUACGACGUCUAUGGUAGUGUUGCUCAAAUUGUGGGAAAUAAAGGUGGAACUCUGACUCAAUCCCAGGUCCAAGAAUACUACCAAGGAGAACAGACUCUAUGGAAACAAGCAGCAGAACAAUACAACUGCCAAUUCAUACCAUCUGUAAGCCCAGGGUAUAAUGAUCUCAGUGUCCGACCGCAAGAAGAAAAUCCGCCACUGUCACGAGCUUUGGCGGGACAAGAUCGAGGAUCGGUAUUGCGGGAGGCAUUGAAGUAUGCUAUUCCAUUGGCUGACACGAGCAGUUUGGACAAGUCGGUUAUUCAACCAAACCGGGUAUUGAUGGUAAACUCAUUCAAUGAAUGGCACGAGGAUACUCAGAUUGAACCGGUUGUUGGUAAUCCUGCGUCUUUUCCUGAUGAGCUCACCUUUGGAUUUGAAUAUGAAGGCUAUGGAGAUAAGUAUUUGGAAAUAUUGCGAGUAGGAACAGAAAAAGAGAUCGAUGGGCUGUUGAGGUAG